CCUGCCAAAUGUCACAUGAAUGUCAUUGAAACCAACGCAAUGAAGCACCAGGGCUGUAAAUAUGGUGUCCCUUUCGGGGUGUCAACCAAACGGUUCGCCAAACUGGGGUUCCACCCUGAGCUGGACAAGUCUGGGGCGAUGAAACGGGAAAUAACCAAGCUGGGGCCUGGCAGCUUCGACCCCAAGGGGCCGCAAUGCCGGGCGAAGCAAGGAAUGAAUUGGCGCACCAAGCUGGAGGUUGAGGAGUUUUCCAAGUUUCUGGGCUUCAGAAACGCGCACAUAUUGAAACAGAGGCAGUUCGAGCGCACAAUGAGAGGCCCAGGCAGUACGGACGUAGCUGAGAAGCUGUUUGCAACGCUAACGGGCUCGCGCAAGGACAACGUUGGCUUUGGAAAUGGGCCGCGGUUUGCAAAGGAACUCGUGGGCCAAGAGGCCCCGCCUCCAAAUACUUACAUGAGGGGCCUGGCUGGGAGCUACCAACAGUCCAAGAAAACGUUCUCCACCUUGCCCACAUUUGAGUACGACGGCUUUGCCGACAGGUUCAAGUCGGGGGCGAAGCCCUAUCACUUGCCCCCCAAUCUGUACGAGCUGCGCGACAUGAAAAACACCUCGGAUAUCACUAGGAGAACUGUCUCGUCAAAAGGGCCCUACAGUUGCUUUACUGGGCCGAGGGACGGCACCACCAUCAAGAACCACUUUGCGCCGCCCCUGGGCGGCGUUCCUGAAUAUUUCUACGUCAAACCCAGCGACGCGCAAUUUUUACUGGAGCACCCCACCAAGAAACGGUAUGGGCUGUUCCUGAAGGCGCCCAGGUUCCAGAGGAAGCCCACGGUGCGCCACAUGCUCAACGAUCUGAGCCUGUGCUAUCGCAGCCCCGCAGAUCCGGGGCCCGCCCACUACAAUCUGAGCAGCUCCGGGAUCAAGGCGCCGCCCGCUUCCAAGCACGCGUUCGACUCCUCCAAUGGGAACGCGCGGCCCCCCACCGACUGGCGCAUUUCCCCCGGCCCUGGCCGCUACAACCCCAAAGCGCCCCGCUGCAUGAAGAUCAAGCGCCCCUCGUGGGUCUUUCAAUCCAAAGCGGAUCGCGGCCUUUUCAAGCUGCAAAGGUACAGUUUGUUUGACUAGUUUUUCGCCUAGUUUGACUGUGAAAUUCCUGUGUAUAUAAAUAAACGGCCUUUGAAUGUU